AUGCCUGGCACUGUAAAUGAGCUUCCACCUGGCGUUCAGUCUGUGCACGCAGACGCUCCUCUUGACUACAUCAUUCAGCUGCUGAAGCGCGAUGGGGGAGUUUUUAUCAAAAAGUUUGUUACAGAGGAAGACGUCGAUAAAGCGUAUAGCGAGUGCCGCGACCGCAUAGACAAUGAUAUGGAAUGGGAGGGCGACUUUUUCCCGAAGGAGACACAACGAGCGCCUGGAUUGAUCGGACUGAGUCCGACGUAUACUGAGACCCAGCUGAUGCACCCGCUAUACCGCGCUGUCUGCGACCACUUCUUGACUACGAGAAGCAUGUUCUGGUGGGGCAACGAAAGAAAGGAAUCGGUGUCAAAACCUUACGUGCAUUCGUCUGUAGCCAUGAGGAUUGGUCCAGGUGGUAAAGCGCAGCCUCUUCACCGAGACGAUUAUAUCGCCCACAAUGUACACACCGAAGUCACGGAGUGGGACGAUGCAAGGGACAUGGGCCGCGAAUCAGCUAUUGGAUGUUUUGUGGCUGGCUGCAGAGUAACGCCGGCGAACGGUGGAACAGCGUUUAUACCGGGAAGUCAUCUUUGGGGCAACGACCGAGAGACGCCGCCAGAUGUCAAUCAAUGCAUACACGCAGAUAUGGAGAAGGGUGACGCUUUCCUAAUGCUGGCUUCUGCAUUCCACGGGGGUGGAGCCAACACCACAAAGGACGAGAAGCGACUUGUCUUUGGGACCUUUGUAACGCGAGGAUAUCUUCGCCAAGAAGAAAAUCAAUUCUUGGCUGUUCCUCACGAUGUAGCAAGGAAGUAUCCGAGAGAUGUGGUGGAGUAUCUUGGAUAUUCGCUUUCCGAUCCCGCUUGUGGAACGGUCGAACAGCUUGAUCCUAUAUAUGCGCUCUAUCCUGAGUGGAAAGCGGAUGCAAAGUACAAAGACUUCUAG